AUGUUGUACAACGUAAAGGACUCCAACUUACUUUGGUUCAAUGUAAUCCCCAUUGACAACUUCGAGAUGUACUAUCUUUUCGGAGCAGUACUCGGCUUGGCUAUUUACAACUCGACAAUUCUUGAGUUGAAGUUUCCAACUGCAAUUUAUAAGAUCUUGCUUGGAUUGCCAGUGGGUCUUGCCGAUUAUCAAGAGAUUUUCCCGGAGGCCGCUGAGAAUUUGUUCAAACUUCGGAAUUACUCGGAGGAGGAAUUGGAGAGUAUUGGGCUCAAUUUUGAGGUGAGUUUCAUGGAUGUCUUUGGCAGAGCGCAUCAACGUGAGUUGAUUCCCGGUGGUACAGACGUUGACGUGACUACCAAUAACCGAGAAAAGUAUAUUGACAAGUACGCUCGGUUCUUUCUUAUGGACGGGAUGUUCCGGCAACUCCACGCGUUCAAGAAUGGGUUUUCCAGUGUUGUGGAUGGUAAUGCGUUUUCGUUGUUUCUGCCUGAAGAAAUGCAGUUGCUCUUAUGUGGCAGUGAAGAGAGCAGGUUUGAUGUUGAUGUUCUCCAAUCAGUGACUAGCUACACUGGUUGGAGUUCGAAAGAGGAAGCGCUUAAGUCACCCACUGUGAAAUGGUUCUGGGAAUAUGUUUCGGGACUUACAUUCAAGCAACAAAAGAAGGUAUUAAUGUUUAUUACUGGGUCAGAUCGGGUGCCAGCCACCGGUAUUCAGAACCUCAGUUUGAAGAUCAGUCGGCUCAAUAAUGGAAUGGACAGCGACAGGCUACCUGUGGCACAUACUUGCUUCAAUGAGCUUUCUAUUUAUGAGUACAGCAGCCGCGAGAAGAUGAUUGAUAAGUUAACGAAAGCCGUGAAUAUGCUGGCCGGGUUUGGAAUAAAAUAG